CUUUCGUCAUGACAGAGUGCAUCGAGUACUUGUAGAGGGCGGUGCAGGCGGACGGGCAAGGGACGAGCUGACGAACAACAGAUAGCUUACUGCCAUGCAAGUGGCGGCCCCUCCAACAAGUCAGGAAAAGGCGAUCGCACCUCAUGUCGAGGGGAGUGCGACUGCCGCCCUCGUGUGUGCCUGUCGCAGGGUACGUGAGCCAGAGCAACUGGAGACGUGGAAAAACCUCGAGCGAUACGUGGACGAAUACCAACAUCGACCAUUGUCGGAGCGCCUGCGAGACCGACAACGUCUUGUCGUGCAGCGAAUGGCGUACUCCUCUACAGCUCGCAAACUCUUCGGCAAGCCCAAGCCACCGAGUGACCCCCUCCUCGAACAGUUCAAAAUGUCUCACACGAACAUCGUCGACGAGCUACACGCAAUGCUACAUCAUGCCAAACAUGUUGCCGCGGCGCUUACGCGCAUUGGACACGUGUGGUCGACGCUGGUCCAGGCAGACGCCAGUGCCAUGGUGGAGCAGUCUCAUCCACGCUUCAUAGCUGCUGGCUCCCGCAUCGCUGCGCUGAGUAUGACGUGUGGGUCCGACGUGUUGGCUGUAGUUGUGCAGCCCCUCGAAGACAAACUGAACAAACUCAAGCAGUUGCAAGUCUUGCUGCAUGUGGAAGAGGACAUGCGGCUGUUGGUACUGGCUGCGACGCGCAAACUGGAGCGAGCGCAAGCGACAGCGAGUCAAAGUGUAUUUCAGCGCCAGAGCGAGCUCAACAAAGCCAACGCGCAUGCCAGCCGCGUCGCAACGGAUCUCAAGUCGAUCUUGGACUGGGUCGACUGCAUGCGCAUUUCGCUGGUGCAGGUUGAAAUGGACGCUUUGUCGCGCCUCGUGGUCAAACACACGGCGGCAGCAUCUGCAAUUCUGUCGAGUGCUGGAGAAGGCAGUGUUGGUCUUCUCGAGUCGGCUGUAUCCAGCCUGGACUAACUGGCCAUCCACCGCACCGCAUGCCAAGGCGCGGCCAUGCUCGAUCGAUUGCUCGCUGUGAAGGGAUGUCCCGCUCCGUCACAACAAAUUUUAAGCGAUGACAAACAUGUCGAGUACGCUUCCCA